AUGUUGACGUCCAACUCGGCCGUUUACAAUGUAAGUUACGUCCAGGGCAGGCUCCAGACGGUGCAACCAAUGAGAAAUACCGUUGGAACGAGGCCACGUGACUCUCACGUGACGCUGCCUCCGAUUUCUUCGUUGGUACCACCUUCCAGCUACCCUGCGGGUAUGCCGCUUGCUGGACCACCACCGAGGAUGGUGGUUGCACCGCAGAUGGCGACAGCUACGCGUGUGAUGCCAACACACGUCCAGGUGGCACCGGGCCCUGUACAGGGCCCGGUGCUCAACCAGGCGGUUAGGUUAAGAAAACAGUGUCCGGUGUGUGGGAAAGUGUGCUCGAGGCCGAGCACUUUGAAGACGCACUAUCUGAUCCAUACGGGGGAUACGCCAUUCAAGUGCAGCUGGGGGAACUGUACCAAGAGUUUUAAUGUGAAGAGCAAUAUGCUGAGGCAUCUGAAGAGCCAUGAGAGGAAACUUAAGCGAGAUCCGCGCUGA